CGGGCCCGCCGGCUCCGGCCCGGCCCCGCGCACGGCAGGAGGCGGCGGGGCCCCGCCGGCCCCCGGGGAGCCGCGGCGGGGGCGGAUGGAGACAGCGGGCACGGCGGCGGGCUGGGUUAUUUUCUUCCAUCUUCCUCUCACCUCUGGAAGCUCCAUCAGUAUUGGGAUUGGCAGCAAUUAUUCCAAUCUCCCAAUCGCCUCGAACCAGAGCAGCGCUUCCAGCGCGUUCCCGAGCCGCGGGGAGCGCGGCGGUGACAGCAGCCUGCUGGUGUCCCCGCUGCUGGUGGCGGGGGUGGUGAUCGGGCUGGUGCUGCUGCUGUCCUGCGCCACCAUCCUGGUGGGCAGCCUGCGCAGGGACAGCCGCGCCGGCCCGGCCGCUGCGGCUCCAGAUGGUUUCUCCCACGGCGGCUCCUCCGCAGAGCUGAGAUCCACCUGCAGCGAGGAGUUCCCCCCUGCCUGUGAUUUUGACUCCUACCUGGAUAUACUUUCUCAGGUGAACAUCAUGUAUCCUGAUCCACCUCCAUGCUAUGAUGAAUGUGUGGGGCCAGGAGCAACACAAAUAUAUAUUCCCACAGAUGAUCCCCCCCCAUAUUCCCUUACGGACCCUUGCCAAAGAAAUGAAAUACCCAGAAAUAUCUGUAUCAGGCAGGAAGAGGAAGCAGCCUCUGGGACUGCAGAUGCUGCAGUGGGGCUGCAGGACUUGCAGCAGCCCAGCUCAGCGCUGGCAGUGAUCUCGCAGUGUGGGGACAGCGGCGUCUGAGCGCGGCUCCAGCCGGGACAGGAACAGGAACGCGCUCCUGCUGCCAGCAGAGCCCAGACCACGCAACGCAAGUGGCUCUUUCCUUCAGUUCUUCUGGAGAACUCAGACCAAUGGAAGAAGAAAACCUCUGGAAGUUUUACCAAAUUUAUAUCUUUGAACAGGGAUACCAUGGGAUUUUUCUUUUUACAGUGAAUUUUGCAAGUUUACCUGAAUUUCCCUGUUUGUGCUUCCAUGGCAUCACACAGCAUAAAAGAGCAGCAGAGACAAGCAGCACAGGUGACUUUUCUGAAGCAUUGCAGAACCCAUUGAAAUCAGCCACUCAUUAUGAGGAUAAAUGUUAUCCAGUCAAGCCUACUUGUUGAUUUUACAAUACUUUGCAUGUUUUAGAACAGAAGGAAAAAGAAGAGGCUUUUGUUGUCAUUGUAGGUGUCACUAGUACAGCUCAUUCAGUGUAUUGACAACAAAGCAUUUUUAAGUAACUCUUUGUCUAACUGUGUGUUUCAGUAGGCAAAGCACUACUACAGAAAUGAUUAUUAUCAGUACCAUGUAGAAGCAAAAGCAAAUAAUAAUAAUAAUUUAAUAUUCACAUUAUUCCUUUGGUAGCAGGCUUUCCAGGUCAUUGCAAAGCCUGUUGCAAGUCUUCCUCAAACAAAACCAUCCACAAGUGGCAGAGAGGUGGCCGUGGGUCCCCACAGUGCGGCUGGCUGCAGCGGCAGGAGCUGCAGCACAGCUCUGCACUGGAGCUGCAGCAUAGCUGUGCCCUAGAGCCGCAGCACAGUUCUGCACUGGAGCUGCAGCACGGCUCUGCACAGGAGCUGCAGCACGGCUGUGCACUGGAGCUGCAGCACGGCUGUGCACUGGAGCUGCAGCACAGCUCUGCACUGGAGCUGCAGCCCAGCUCUGCACUGGAGCCGCAGCACGGCUCUGCACUGGAGCUGCAGCACGGCUGUGCACUGGAGCUGCAGCACAGCUCUGCACUGGAGCUGCAGCACAGCUGUGAGCUGGAGCUGCAGCACGGCUCUGUGCUGGAGCCACAGCACAGCUGUGAGCUGGAGCUGCAGCACAGCUGUGCACUGGAGCUGCAGCAUGGCUGUGUGCUAGAGCUGCAGCACGGCUGUGCACUGGAGCUGCAGCACAGCUGUGAGCUGGAGGUGCAGCCCAGCUGUGCACAGCUCGUCCCCGGGGCUGGCCGGGGCUACUCCGCUGACCACGGAGCCUCCCGGCACCUCUCCGAGGAGGAGACCGAGUGUGGCACCGAGGGUGCCCGGAGCGGGCACUGCCUCUGGCAGGGAGCCGGACCAGCCCCUCAGGGGCACCCCUGGCUCCGCUUCCCCUCCCGGGAGCCGCAGCUCCAGGGCUGGAUCCGCCUGUGAAAGACAACGCACCCCCCGAGCUUCUGUCUGCUCACCUCGGGCUGGGGGAGACCCACGUGUGGGACAGGAACAUCUGCUUCCCCCACUUCCAUUCUAUGGCCCAGCAAAAAAAAUGCUGCAUGAUCCAGACUGGCGGCCAGGCGGCCCGGGAGGUUUCGGUCUAUUGCCUGAAACGAAACAGAGUUGGGAUCCCGUUGUUCACUUCUGCCUGGAAAGUCCCAUUCCUCAUCUGAAAUAGUCCCAUUCCUCAUCUGAAAUAGUCCCAUUCCUCAUCUGAAAUAGUCCCAACCCUCAUCUGAAAACUUCUGUGUGUCUGGCUGAGGACACACAACCCACACAAGAGCAAGGAGAGCUCAAACCUGUGCUUUCCUUGAGACUUUCCCCUGAGUAACUUCUUUGCUGUCUUGUUUUGAAACGUGUUGUUGUAGGAAACACUUGCAUUCUACAUUUUUUAGUAAUUUUUCAGUUCUGUGUGUAAUGGAAAAUCCCUGGGUGAGUCAACAGCAGGAUGGAGCUCCAGUCAGCCCUUGGGGCAUCCACAAGCCUGGGAUGCCUCUGUGACCGGGACAGGAGCCAAGGAGAUGUGGCAGGGGAGCAGAGUUAUCACAGGCUCAGCUCCAGGAAAUUUCUUAGAGGCACUUUCACUAAAAAAAAAAAAAAAAAAAAAAAUAAGAAAAGUUUUUUACACAGGGAAAAUGGACUUCAUUUUCUAUCCCCCAUUAAAGGAUAUGUAAAGCUGAGUGUAGUAAAUGGUGUUUAAAAGGAAGCAGCAUCCAAAUUAUUAAAAUUGCCCUUGGAUUUUCUGUAAAUACUGAAUAAUUUUCAACUGUAAUUAUCAUUCAACACUCCAAAGAUUGACACAAUUAUAAUUAAUAAUUAGAUGGGAAGUAAUUAUAUGGUUCUUACUGCUAUAUAAAUUAUACCAUUACUGAGAAAUAUGCACACGAUGAGAUAUAAGGUAAGCAUGCAUUUUUUGCUAAGAAGAUGACAGUAAAUAUGUGUUUUGCUAAAAUGUGAGAAUUCUUUUGCAGUUCAGCAAGAUUUUCAAUAUUCUCAGUAUACUAUACCCAAAAGAACAAAAACUCACCAUUUUGCAUUGUAGAAGGUAAAGGCUCUAUCUCACAUUUGUGUUUUUACCAGAGAGAACUGCUCCUCUCUAUAAAGUAUUCAUUUGAACAGUUUUGUGGCAUGCAAAGCACCCUGCAAGGAGAGAAAGGACUCUCUGCCCCACCUGUGAGGGGCAGAGAUGCACAGAAGUGCCGCAGUCAGGUUUAGUGGCGGGGAGGCAGCAGAGAGGGAGCCCGGGGUGGCUGUGCAGAAUGGGCCUGGCCUGCAGGGCCUGGCUGGGGCAAUCUAAUGAACCCACAGUACAAGGAAAGUGGGAUUUUUUCCCAUGACCAAGCUGCAGGCUCUUCUGCAGACAGGCACAGAGUGCUUUUCACACAUGGCAGACAAGUCCCUGCCCCGUUACUGAUGCUCUGUAGCUGUGGUUUACAAAACAAGCUGACUUUAAGUAGACUUCUGAUGAGAAUGGGAGAUUUACACAUUACCUCAUGUUAGCAAUGCAUUGGUAAAAUUGUAAAAACGAAUCCAAGUCUUUCUUUCUUCCUUCAGUAACAGUGAACUGUCCCUGAGGCUGUGCUCUGGGUUUGGCAGCAUUUCUUACACACCUCUCCCUGCUCCCUCUGGUGGUGUGGAAUAAACGCCAUAAAAUUCUCUCAUCCUGUUAUCACAGAAUAUCCAAAUAAUCCGAGCUGCUGUCACAUGGAUAUGGGAGCCAGCCAAAACAUCCACAUCCACACUGUAGCAUUUUUCUGAGUUAUUACCACUGAAUACUUGGGUUUUGUGAUUCAUAACAAACAUAUAUAAUUUUAAAACAAGCUGUGAAUUGGAGGCAGAGUGUGCUUCCUUCUGUGACAUUUUAGCACCAUCACUUGCAGGAGUGGUUUAGCAUUUUCUGCUCUUGUUAAGCUUUUUAACUGAUUGAUAUCCAAUAAAGCUUGGGGGGUGGGGGGGGAAGCUUAUAAAUCCAAACAGACAGCGCUAGAAAGGAAAAAAUUAGCUGUAAAACACUACAGAGAGUUUGCAGCUGUGAAGCUGCUCCAACAGCUUCCAGUGCUGCUACUGCAAGUGUUGAAAUUCCUUGUAAUGAUUCAGUAAGAACAUGCUUUCAUUUCAUGAAAAUAUUGCAGAUCUUGGGUAAAUCUCAGCAAAGUUGGCAGUGAUGUUGCUCUUGAGAAAUUCAUCUCCUGCUAUCAGAUAUUAUCCUAAACCCUUGCAUAAUUCUAAUACCAGUGCUAAAACCCAGGUUUAACACAGGCAUUUGCUUUAUUACAUAGGUAAAAUCAGAAAGAAAAUUGGACAUGCUGUUUCUUGCUACAUGAUAACAACCCUUGUAUUUCUGUAGUCAUCUCUUCUGCUUCAAUUUUUAGUAUAUUGAUCUUAUACUGAACUUUUAGUAAAGAACACACACGUGUUUGGA